AUGACAGACCGUUUAGCUCAACUCAGCAACCACUUGGCACAGCCUUCUGAUCCAACUCGCCUCGAUGGGCAGGUCGUUUUGAUUACCGGAGCAGCACAAGGGAUUGGGAGAGCCACGGCUGAGCUGCUCGCUUCAAAGGGGGCCAAAAUUGCCAUCAACGAUCUCGACAAAGAAAGGGCCAACGCAGCCGUUGAAGCUUUACAGAAAGCUGGUCAUGAAGCAUUUUGCUAUUGCGGAGAUGUGAUGGAUGUCAAAUUUCCGCCCCGACUCAUCAAAGCAGUUUUGGAAAGAUUCGGCCGAAUCAAUGUACUUGUCAACAGUGCAGGGUUUUUGAACGAUGCGGCAAUCCACAAAAUGACAGAAGAAAAAUUCGAUGUUGUCAUGAAAAUACAUAACUAUACACCUUAUCGGAUGAUACAUGCUUUGUCUGGGCAUUGGAUGGACCCUGCAAAUCGAGCAAUGACCAAGACGAUCAUUAAUAUAUCUUCGACUUCCGGACUUCACGGAGCAAUGGGCCAAAUCAACUAUGCUACCGCCAAAGCUGGAAUCAUAGGACUCACGAAGACGGUAGCAGCAGAGUGGGGCCGAUAUGGUGUUCGUUGCAAUACUGUGGCAUAUGGAUGGAUUGAUACUCGAAUGACUAAACCUCCAGAUCCAGAUGAGAAAGUUGUGAUUGGAGGUCAACAGAUUAUGUCGGGAAUCCCUUUAAAUGCAAAGAAGUGGAGGGAUACUAGUGACAUCGCUGUGGGCAGACCUGGAACAGUGGAGGAUGCUGCUGGAGUUAUGCUUUUCUUGGCAAGUCCCUUGUCAGCUUAUGUAACCGGAACUUGCGUAGAGUGUACAGGCGGAAGGUACAUGUAA